GUCUGCGUCACCUUGUUCUCUCGGCUUAGUUUCUUAUUGCAAGCAACUUCACUCAGCUACGAAGCCUAUAGUAAACGACUAUGUAACACGAAUAAUUUUCAUCCGGUGCAGCAACAAGGAAAGUGAAAAUUUGGCGUUGAAAGUUGUUACUUAGCUGUGAAAACCCUGCCUGAAACUGCGGACAAUUUCGCUUUAUUUCCAGUGCCGAAAUUUUUCUUAUUCUUUCUAGUUCUUGUCCACCCCCCGGUGCAUCGUCGCCAAAAUGCCGUCGCCCGAGAACGAGCCGGACCGGUACUCUAUGAAAUGGAUCUACGCGCCAAAUCUCCCCCGAUUGCCGUCGCUGAAGGAGAUCGAGGCUGGCGAGAAACUGGUACUGCACAACGCGCCGAUUUGGAGCAUCGCGCAGGUAUGAACUGCAAAAGUAUCGUACUCGUAUAAAUGCAUUACAAAUUUUCUCAGCAUGAGUAUGAGAAAUAAAAUUUGUAAUGCGGAUUUACCUUAACAAAAAGAUUUGUAAUGCAUGAGUGCAAUACGAGUGCGAUACUUUUGCACAGGAUAGCAGCGACUCGAGUACGACAAAAAGAUGGCGGCGGCGCGAAGUCCCGUAUGCAUUGCAAACAUGUCUGAGUCUGGAAGGUUGGAACUUGUGAUGCGGAUUGUGCAAUAGGCAAAAAUUUCUAUUGCAUGAUCACCAAAAGCUGCCCACUUCGUGCUAAGCAAGUGCUAAGCAAAUCGGGAAUUCCUCACGCAGAAAAGGUUGUACUUAUCAGAAGGCCUGCGCAAAGCCUGUAAUGCUUCUGCGUGCAUUACAGACCAUUUGCAUAAUCCAAAAGAUGCAUGACAAACAAGUGCCUUCUUCCAGACCCAGACAUAUUUGCAUUUGAUAGCCCGGGCCGGUCUACAACUACGACACAAACGUGUACAAGCGGAAGCCGCAGGAGUACUUCCAUUACCGGGGGGAGUAUCAAAAUGAAAAGUCCCCCGUCCCCAUAUCAAAAGGGAAAUCUGUGAUGCGGGGUUUCCGUACACAAAUGCGCGCUGUCUUGCAGUAAGGCAUCGCAGCCAGAUUCUCAGCCUAGGUAGGGGCGUUUGGGUCUAGUUGUUUAGCAUUACAAACGGGCGUCCCCUAGGCCCAACAGCAUGCCAAAUCGCUGCCACAAUGGCGCGGAAGCCUCUGCACUUGUCUUCUUGCAAGACAGACGUGAUUUGUGGUCUCAAAUCAGCAACGCAAAUCUUCGGAAUCAUACCGUUUCGAUAUGGGGAGGGGGGAUUUUUCCUUUUGAUAGGGAGCGAACCUGGUUCAACAAACCACGCAAAGGGGUCGGGGAAAAGUCGAUGGUACAAGAGCUCUAUUUUCGGCUGUUCUGGGCUGCAUCUAGUAGUAAGUUCAAUUUUUUUUUUCGGAGGCUUUUUUGUUAUAGUAUGUUGUGAAAGCGCGAAAGAUCAUCUCAUUGAAGGUAAGACGAUCAAAAUUAAAUCCUCGCACGAUCUUGAAGACAAAUACAAUUACAUAUCCUCAACAGGGCCUUGGACCCAACGACAUCGGCGUUGUCGACCAAAAGCACCCGAUUAUUCCCCGCGAGCCGACCGUAUGCACUGCAAAUACGUUGUCAUCUGGGUCCGGAAGCAGGUUUUCAUGCUACUUGGUGCAGCGAUAUGAGCUGCAGAGGACUCCAUUGCCCAGCUCGGAAGCAUGAGGAGUUUUAUUUUGGGAACAUCGUGUUGCGUAUUCCGAAUCCUACUCCUAGUAUUGUUCCGCAUUUGAUGAAGCGAAUUACUCUUUUGCAACGUCACAAGCUAGCGGUGCUCUUGCACGAUAUGCAUCACAGAAUUUACAGUUGUACCCUGCAAGCAUUGCAAGUUCCAGACCCAGAUCGGUAUGAUUUGCGGUUGAUACACCGCGACGCUGAACAAUUUCAAUCCGCGGGUGGACGACAAAACUGUGGCGAACCUGUAUCCUGAGCAAAAACGUCCACACCCCAGAUUUGGACAGAUUUGCAAUGCAAAGCUGCAUGCCAAAAAAGUUUCUCAUGCGGAGCUCCAUGAGAAGCAUAUGCAUUUUCCAUUCGUGUUUUGUAUGUAGUGAGGUCACCGAACGGUUCUAACCGGGGAGUUUUUUUGCCACCUACCGUGAAAAACGACCGGCAGUUUUCAAGCGGCCGAAAGUGUUUUUUGACAAAAAAGAUUUUCAAUUAUCAAGCGGCCGCGGCGUUGCUGGCAAACAAGCCCGGUCGAAAACUAUCGAUUCGCACUUGAUAAAACGACGCAGGGGAGCCGGCAAAAGGGGCGCCCUUCUGAGGCGCCCACCGCCUUGGUUUCUGGCGAUUUGGGGCGUCCAAAAAGGGGCGCGCAAAAAACGCGCCCAAAAUCAGAACAGCGAAACAGCAUGGCACGGCCGCGAUUUCGGAGCAUUUUGGGCGGCCGCGAAAGCGGCCGCCUUUUCGCCGGUUUCAGAGCCUGGGAAGCUUUGCAAAAAGCGCUGGCGAGAAAUAUAAAAACGCAAAAAAGAAAAAGCGCGCCAGACGCGCAAAGCCAAUCCGCAUGCUAUGGGCCCGAUUUUUCCUCUCUUUUUGGGCGCCCCCCGUGGCGCCCGGAUCGGCCUCAUAGCAUGGGGGCUGGCUUUCGGAAAGGAAUUUCGAAAAUUUGUCAAAAUUCGCGACGCUUAUCAGGCGGCCGCCAUACCGUGGGGCCUAACGUUACUCACGGCGGUAUGGCGGGCCCAGAAAAAUCAAAGCCGCGGCCGAGGCGACGGCCGGCAAGAAAACGCCCACGACCUCACUACCUCCGCCCCGGCGGCUAUAUUUGGUAAUUUGUGAUGCUAGAAAAAUCAGCAUGGUAUGCUAGAUCUGUGAUGCUGCUGAACUAGCUAAACAGGAUCACACUUUGAGGGCAAAUUUGUCAUGCGAAGCAACCAAAGCUGGUUGAUUUGUCUAGCAGAUUUUCCGUCUUGACUAUAAUGGGGUGGGGACGUUUUUACACAGGAUAGCCUGCCCCCGGGCCAGGAUCCGGGGCGGUACCCGCCGGACGCCAAGGACUGCGCCAUGAAUGCCCCGCCGAAGUGGAGCGUGAACAGUCGUAAACCGUACAUCGUGGGGGCCCCGAACCCGGCCCGCACCAGCAACGUGCCGGUCCGCGACCUGCGGCACUUCCACGAGAAGGGGGGGGCGCUGGAGCCGCCGGCUUACACGCUGAAGUUUCGGAUCGACUACACCACGCAGGCACAGAAGAAGUUCCUAUGCAAGAAAAAAACUGUGUUGUAAGUGUAAGUCUGUGAUGCAAAGCAUGCAACACUGUUAUACUUGUCAUGCUAGCCAACCAUGAAGUCCUAUUUGUUUCAUUUGUAUUUUCACUUACUAGCUGCGCAUGACAGGCUUUGUCUGUCAUGCAGAGUAGAUUUGUCAUGCCGUCGCCCCAAGACACCUACACUAACACAGUUUUUUUCUUUGAUAGUUCCCCGCGCCCAACCACUACGACCAAUCCAAGCACCUGAACGUGGACGGGGCGAAGCGCAGCGCGCCCAAAUUUGGCUUUGGCACCGCGCGCCGCUUCCCCAGACCCCGGUUUCCGGAAGCCAGGGGGGAAAAGAAAUGACCGGCAACGGAAGGACAGGAGUUGUUGGUGUUUCGAUAAAAUGAAUAGGAUACUAAGAACCAAUUCGAUAUUGUGCACUUGAUGAGCCUAUCGAAGAUUACAUGUUGUAUCUUUUGGUUAUUGCAUGUAUAAUCUACAAACGACGUUGACUGUUUCCUCAAUUGGUGCGAUCUUGAUCUGGAAUUAACAGCUGAACAAAAUUUGUUUUCUUGCAGCGUGUACAAAUGUGUGUAACUUGCCUCACCAACGACCGCGGGGAACGUAGGAGGCAAGAAGUGACUGAAAAAAGAGCGACCACUUAUUGAUGGGGAGCGUGUGAAAGAGAACACGGCUGGUGUCGUGUUCGCUGGUUGUGUUUUCAGAAGCGGACCACUACUAGUGCACUUGGUGUAGGAUGUGGGACAGCUAAAAUUCAGGAGUGCACAAUUAUCACAAAG